UAAAAUUAGAAAAAUAGGAUAUUAAUUUAAUAUGUAACACAUAAUAUAAACGCAAAAAAUAGUUCUUCUAAUUCUGUUCAAAAAUGAUUUGUUCAAGAAUAUCUUAAAAUCGAUAUUCCAAAGUAUGCAUAUUAUAUUGUAUGUAGAAACUAAUGGUGAGAAAGAUUUGGUGCUAAAAAUGAUUAACAAGUUUUGUUAAUUUUAUUAGUCUGUCGACUACUAAACUCUAGUACACCGUCGUCACGCACGUUCGCGCGGAACUAUUUGAAUAAUUAAUAACUGGCGAGCACCAUCAGGUCAGAAAUUCGCACCUCUGUGCAUCUAGAAUAUACGCCGCGGUUAAGCUGCCUCACAAGGUCUUCAUUCCAAAUCCCUUCGGAUGAACCGUUGUUGAAAUGCUAUCAUCGCAUCUCAUUUUGGGGGAGGGGGAUGAAAAGGGGGAGCGAGAAUCCCUUUUACGUCACAGCCACCCGCUAUGUAUAUAUAGAUAUAUUCUCUAACGCGAGAUGCACGCUAUCUAUAUCUCGGGCAUGCAGUACAAAAUACGGAAAUUAUGGACACGGUCGUUUCGUGAACGAGAAAAUCACGCGUUUCCGUUAGGAUAUUAUAUAAUAUCGUCGCGUUUAACAUCGAUGCGUGUAUCAUGCAUACUGUAGAGCUGCAUGAAAUGGUCGAAGGAUUUUCGUUCUCCUCAAACUUCAAGGGCAUAUGAUUACGGAUUCGUGGCGUUCUUUGAAGCCGACGAUGCAUGUAAACAACUGCAUCGUGAGACAUACAAGAAUUUUUUUACGGAAUAGUCAUGCUUCAUCGACUUGAUAUACUCGGAAUAAGGAAAUAUCUGCGGGCGGUAUCGGGUGACAUGGUGUUCCAGUGAAUGUAGUCGGCCUUCUAGUUAUGAACACGGAAAAUGUACGCAUACAGUCUGCUGUCUUGAACUUAUUUUACAUCUUCGAGCAUAUCAAUAAGGCUGUCACGACAUGUAAGUAGAUAUGUGAAAAAAGAUUCGAACAGCUUUCUGUUACAUGAUUUGAAGUUUUGCAAUGUUAUAACCAGUAUGCCAUUAAUGUGAUUAUUCGGGUAACAAUGGCCGAAUUAUUCUAUUAAUAUUUCUAUCUCGAUUGCCGCGAGUUAUUAUUAUCGUUAUCGUUACAAUUAUCAAUAUUCAAAGCUGGUAUCGUUAUCGUACAUUGCCUGUGAAUCGUGAAACUUCUGGAGUAUGACGAAGCUAACGAACUGUGAAUCGUAUCAAAUAGCAUACGAUUUCUAAUAAAUGGUUUGAAGAUUCUUUACCGGAUCUUACGAGAUCAUAAGUUACGAAGCGAAGCUUUUACGAAAAUUAAUGGAUUAUACGAGCAGUUAUGUAGAAAGCAAAAACGCAUAACGAAAAAAUUUAUCAAUUAGAUUCAUAACAUACUAAAUCUAUCUAUAUUAAGAUUAAGAUGUUUUUUAUUGUAUAAACAUGAUUUAAAAGUAUUUUAAAAAUACUGUAGAAAUACGGUAAAAAAUGAAUACUUACAUAUACUUGCUAUCGUAUAAUCGAAGAACUUAUUUGCAAACCGCAUUUUAGAUUAAAAAAAUGUGUUUAAAAAAGAAAUGGCCUUAGAAAUAAUCGUGUAAUAAUUCAGUAGUGUUAGCUAUAAUGUAUGAAAUUAUCCAAUGAAUUACGAAACUUAUAUUUGAUACAUCUAUAUGCGCGGAUCGAUUUUACUUUAAUACGUAUUUGAAUUUUCAAUAUGACGUACAGUCAUCGACAAUCUCGAAAAAAUGUUUCGAGUAGCUAGAGCAUUUUAUCGAUACUAUCUCAUUUCGAUAUUAUCGGUGCAAUGUCUGUAUAAUGAUAUCAUCGAGAACGAUGAUAUCAUCCGUGGGGUGAAUGUAAGCGAUGUGAACAAUUCGCGAGUUUUCUGAAUGAUAGCAAUUUUCGAACGAGCGUCGACUCUGCGUGCCACUGACAUGAUUUUGAUUACGAUCCGCGAUGCAUACACGAGGCGCAAUGCAAUUUUCAUUACGGAAGUUGCGUGUCGGAUACAGCGCGCGAUUUUUCUGCUUUCUUCGCGAUUCUUUCCAGGCGCAUUCCGACCGGUCGUUUUAGAAACGAAUCCAUCGAGUGUAAAAUAAUGAUGCUAUUCGCGCAGACAGUUCUCGUCGAAAAGAAAAGAAAUCGAUCCCGUCUCUGGAACGUUCGUUCGCGCAUUCUGCGCGUAGCAACGAAAUUCCGACAGAGAAUUAUACAUAUACUUCGAUCGUGUUUGACGGAAGCAACGAGAAAUUUCAAGAAUGCGUAGCAAUUAUCAAUAUAAAUAUGUUGAGAACAGUCGUUGCAGUUUGUCGACCAAUGCAUGCUGACAUCAUAGCAUACUGGCCUACUGGCAGUUAAUAACGGAACGCAGCCAUAAUCAGAUGCAUCGUGUGUCAUUCGUGUGGAAUUUACCAGUUACGUCAGUUUGUGUCCAAUGACAAAGGGGAAAUACGUAUAUGUAGUAUUUAUAUCGAGAGAGACCAGAUAAAAAGGUAGAAGUGAAGUUCGCGAAGACUAGUAAAGAUGGUAACAGGCUCGCAUAUAACUAUUGUUAUACCAGAAAUUGUUGCUAAGAGCGUAUGUUGUAAUUGUGCGUAUAAAUACUUGUGAAAAAGGCUUUACUAGAAUUUAUUCCGUACAACAUAUUAUUUUAUUUUUGAAAUAUAUAUGAAUUACUAGACAAGUAAAUUACUAAAAAGUUUGUUUGGUAUAAAAUAGUGCGCAGUUACAAAGAAAUGGGUAAUUCCAAAAGUAAAGACGAACACGAUAAUUAUAGCAAAAAGUGUAGGCAACCCGGUUACAGUGGUUACAUAAUAAAGGAAGACGGUACCAUUACGGGUACCAAACAGUUUCCAUUUAAUCCAUUUGAAAAUAUUCAUGAUGCAUGCAAAACUGGCAGUGAAAGAAAAUUACAAGAUUUAUUUCAUAAAUUUGAUAAGUCACAUAACUUACCUAAUGAUGCAGUUAAUGAUCAAUCUAAAUUUAUGACUGACACCUGCGUUAAUAAAGAAAAAUGCAAUAAUGAAAAUCAAACAACUUAUCUGAAAAAUAAAUCUACAAUUAAAGUAACUGCACCAUCUACAAUAUCUACAAAAGAUGACUUUAUGACGGAAUGGUUUUCAUGGAAAAAUGAGUUCCUCACAUACAUGAAAUCAAUUGACCAAGCAGAGAGUAAUAAACACAAGUGGGGUAUAAUGCUCUUAAAUCGUAUGGGUCCUAUCGGCCAAGAAAUUUAUAGAAGUUUUACAUUUGAUAAGGAUCACGCUGAAGAUAAUAUAGAUACAUUGCUAAAAAAAUUUGAUUUCUAUUGCAUAUUUGGAGAUAAAAAAAGAGAAGAUGAUGAAGAUAUUGAUAAAUAUGUCAACGACUUGACGAUAAUGGCGUCAAAAUAUAUGACUAAUACAGAUGAAAUAGUGAAAGAGAAAAUUCUGAUGGAAAUAAAUAAAGAUAGAUUUACAAGGAAAGCUGAAAGUUUAAUUUUGGGAUUCUCAUUUCCAUCGUGCAAACAAUUGUUAACUGUAAAAGAAAUAACGUAUAUUUGGAUGUCAUAUGAGAACGCAAACUUCAAGCGAAGUGAGGAAAUCCACAAUUUUUUAGUUAAAAACUGCAAUAAUUGUGGAAGGACACAUAAAGUAAAUAAUUGUUAUGCUCGUGGAAAACAAUGUAAUAAGUGCGGUAACGAAAAUCACUAUUGGACAAGAUGUCCGUCUCAAUUUAUUGCUAAUUGCUUAUAUUGUGGGGAAAGUCAUUUUGUUCGAGAGUGUCCUGCUUAUUUGAAUGAAUGUAAUAGAUGUAAUAGAACAAAUCACUUCUCCUGGAAAUGUUCGAUUCUAAAAGUUUUAAAUUGCAAUCAUUAUGGUUUAACACAUAUUGCAUCUAAAUCUGCAUGCCCAGCAGCAAAUUUUACAUGCACUAGGUGCGGUAAAAGAGGACAUUUAUCAAUAAAAUGUUUUGAAAAACGGACAUACAUAACAAUGUGGAAUACCUAAAUAGCAUACUUCUUCCAUUACAUAAGAAAACCAAAGUUUAUGAUAUAAAUUUUAUAAAAUACGAUACACAUAUUUGUAGGUAUAAUAUUACUUUUUAUAUUAUUAUAUUCUUAUCAAGCGACGCGGUAGCGUCGCGACGCCAAGUAUAUAUAAAAAAUUUUCUAUCCGAGAUAGAUCCAUUUUAAAGUCGGCGGAAUUACAUGGCCAGAUUCACUUUUUGGUGCUACGAUAAAACCACCGGUUAGUGCAUGUGUGUGCUAUAUUUAUAAUUGUGGAUCAAAAUUCCGAAGAAAUAUUAUGGAUUUAUUAAUGUUUUAUUAUA